CUCUGUCUCUCCCCUCCGUUGUCUUUUUAAUGUAACUUCUGACUGAUCGGGAGAGCGUCUGGAAAGCCUGGACUCCAUCUCUGAUCAAGGAUCUGCUCGGACGGUGUUCUUUUUAAAGCUGGACACACAGGACAGAAUAAGAAUCAGAUUUAUUUGGGAUAACAUUGCUUGCCUCCGUGGAUGUUUGGCUCAGUGUUGUCCGUCUUUAUUUUGUUCCGUCUGUGGAUUUUAUAGUGCAUCAUCUUGGUCUGAAUGAAGCUUUCUUUUUGGAUUUCCACCGCGCCGACGCUGUUUUUGGGUGACUGCCGAUUUACUUGUGAAGUCGCGCGUUAUAAUAAUAUCACCGUUAUUUUACGAGCUCUUUCAGGCGUAACUUGUAUUUAAUUGUGUCAGACAAUGCCGCAGUUUUCUUGAAUGUGUGUUAGUUAUUAAUGAGACCAAAAAUUGUGCGUUAAUUAUUGUGGAAAAAAAUAGGAAAGUUGGGCGCUCAAAGUUUUGGACACUAUCGAUAUGGCUAUGGUGGCGUGGAGAAACACCGAGGGCGUCGGGGACUCUCAGGGGACCCUCUCGGUGUCCCAAGUCGCCCCUCUGUCUCUGCCCGGGGAGCUUGUUGGACACAUGAACCCAGCGUCUACUCUGGAAAUACCCCAGGCAGCAGCAGCAGCACACCAAGGCGCACCGCCGCCCAAUCCGUCCAGCACCACCACCACGACCACCACCACCAACAAUAACAACACAUCCUCUUCCUCCUCCUCCUCCUCGUCCAUGGACAAACAGCAGAGCCAGCAGAUCGAGUGCAUCGUGUGCGGGGAUAAAUCCAGCGGGAAGCACUACGGACAGUUCACAUGUGAAGGAUGUAAGAGCUUCUUUAAACGCAGCGUCAGGAGGAACCUGUCCUACACCUGCAGGGCCAACAGGAACUGUCCCGUGGACCAGCACCACCGCAACCAGUGCCAGUACUGUCGCCUCAAGAAAUGCCUCAAAGUCGGCAUGAGGAGGGAAGGUACGGGCUGGCGUACUCCUGUUGUUGCUAUCGCUGUCCAGAGAGGCAGACUUCCCACCCAGUCUUAUCACGGCCAGUUUGCUCUGACAAACGGAGACCCACUACAGUGUCAUUCCUAUCUAUCGGGAUACAUCUCUCUGCUGCUGCGGGCCGAGCCCUACCCGACCUCCAGGUUCGGCUCGCAGUGCCUGCAGAGCAACAACAUCAUGGGCAUCGAGAACAUCUGUGAGCUAGCGGCCCGGAUGCUCUUCAGCGCCGUGGAGUGGGCCCGCAACAUCCCUUUCUUCCCUGACCUGCAGGUGACGGACCAGGUGGCACUGCUCCGCCUCACCUGGAGCGAACUGUUCGUGCUGAACGCCGCUCAGUGCUCCAUGCCCGUCCACGUCGCCCCGCUGCUGGCCGCCGCCGGCCUCCACGCCUCUCCGAUGUCCGCGGACCGGGUGGUGGCCUUCAUGGACCACAUCCGGGUCUUCCAGGAGCAGGUGGAGAAGCUCAAGGUAUUGCAUGUGGAUUCAGCAGAGUACAGCUGCAUCAAGGCCAUCGUGCUGUUCACCACAGAUGCUUGUGGUCUGUCGGACGUGGCGCAUGUGGAGGGUCUGCAGGAGAAGUCCCAGUGUGCUUUAGAGGAGUACGUGAGGAGUCAAUAUCCCAACCAGCCAAACAGGUUUGGGAAGCUGCUACUCCGCUUGCCUUCCCUCCGCACUGUCUCUUCUUCUGUCAUAGAGCAGCUUUUCUUCGUCCGUCUGGUGGGGAAAACUCCCAUAGAAACUCUGAUAAGGGACAUGCUGCUGACCGGGAGCAGCUUCAACUGGCCUUACAUGCCUAUUCAAUAGAGGAACAAGCCACAGUGGUGUUUCUAAGGUCAGGAAAGGUCCCACACCUCAAAUCAAGUCAUUUCAGUGCGGCGUAAAAUCUCUGUUGCUUCGAACAAGGAAAAGAAACUGCCAAUGCAAUGAGAUAAUUGCAGGCAUUUCCAAUGUAUCCAAAAUCUUCUCAUACCAACUGUGUUUCCCUUGAUACCAGAGGAUUGAUCUUCUUUAUGCUGCACUGUGUCUAUGUGUCUCGAAAUGUCCCUAAAAUAAAUGAAUCCAUUUUGCCGACGUUAAACUAUUUUAACCCCACUGGCAGAAUUUUUUACUUGUUCAGGGAGAAACAAUAUUUCACGAGAUGAAAUGACUGAUUAUGAUGGACAUUUUUUUGCAGUGUGGUAACCACUCACGCUCUAUGGUUUUUGGGAUAACAAACAAUAUUUAUUGGACCCUGUGUGUAUAUUUAUCGUGCUUGUAAAUUAUGUUUUGGCUCCUUUUUUAAAUGUUUUACGUAUUUUUUGCCCCGGCAAGUGAGGAAACUGCAGGGAUUGUCUUGUGUCUUGUGUGUUUUUUUUUUUGUGUUUUUUUUCAUACCUUCCAGACAUGGCACUUUUGGACUAAAGGAACAUUUCCGAAAGAUUUAACACAGGGGUUUGAAACUCAACAUCAUCUGACGUUAAACUAUUUGCUUAACUGUGGACAGACCGAAUGGUGAGAUUAAUGCUCUGUUUUAGUUACUUUGAAGUCUUAUUCUAUUUGCAUUAUGGACACACAAAGAAUGAAAAGCAAACGAGCAACAUACAUAUUUGGAAAAUGCACUUCUCAUGAUCAGUGUUAGGUUGCGCCAAGUAAUGCAUUACUCCUUUCAUAGGUAAUAUCAUUACCUCCUUACGUUGGUAUUUCCUUAAAUAUUUUUAUUCAUACUUCCUGGCAGAUGUAAUUAUUCCCACGAUGCUUAAUCUCUGCUGUUUCUGCCUACAAAAUACAACAUUUUUAAAAAAGUUCUCUUUUUUUAAUGAUCAGAUACUCGAGAACGUCGUGUUUAUUUCUCAUCAAAGUAGUAGAUUAUGCCACUCAGAGAAAUUCAACUUUUAUAUUAUUUCUCAUCUAAACUGAGAGAUGAUGAAAGGCUAAUUAUUGCAAAAAUAGAUAAGGGAAGGUAUGUUAGAUAGCUGUACGUUAAUCCAAUUCUUUCUUAUUUAGAAGGGUUAAAUGGGGUUAAAAUCCUAUUCUUUUGACUGGUAGCUUGUUACAGGGAAAAGUAAUGACAUUACUUUACUGGAUUAACGAUUAAUGCAUUACUGAACACUUCUGAUUCAUUUAUGUUUCCAGGUCUUUCACUGACUGUCUCAAAGAGAUUUUAAGAGCACUGGGCCCGAUGUUUACUGUAACUACAGUCUCUGAAUGAACUGUACACAGCUUCCCAGCUCAAGUAACAAUUAUAUUUCAUUAUCAUUUUCAUGCAUUUAUGAGCCCAGGCCGCUUAAUGGCACAAUAGACCACUGCAGGGUAUUGCUGAACUGAAAGUGUGUUGUGUGUGUGUGUGUGUGUGUGUGUGUGUGUGUGUGUGUGUGUGUGUGUGUGUGUGUGUGUGGUGUGUGUGUGUGUGUGUGUGUGGUGUAUGUGUGUGUGUGUGUGUUUGUGUACUUGUGUUUACUUCUUUUUGACAACCACUCUGAUGUACUGUGAAAGCGUAUUGGUUAACAUAUUGGUACCAUAUUAAAUUAUAACUCAAGAUUUAUAAAUAAAGUGUAUUUGGUUUAUUUGCCA